AAAACGUCUUUAAUUCACAGAACCAAAACAGGGAGCUCAAUUAAUGACGUCAGGUCCAUUCCCACAAUGCCUAGUAACACGCAAGCGCACUGUAAAAAAACAGAAGACGACUAUCAAUGAUCAGAGAUGGCGGGCGCCUCCGACCCCUUGGAAGAUAUGCUUUAUUCAGAGGUGGAUGAAAAAGCCGUUAGCGACCUGGUGGGUUCAUUGGAGUCAGAGCUUACUGGACAAAGCACCCCGGUGGGCAAAACAGACGAAAACGGAGGCGCUGGCUCUGUGCCCCCUGCUAAUCACCACUUAGGAAAAACGCUACAACCUCCAGUGAGCAUCACAACACUAGAACAACAACAACAAGGACGCCGUUUAAAACCCGAAAUGCGCCAGGAGAUCAACUCUAAAGACGUUAGCCAGGAUAAAACUGACACAUCUCCUUCGCUGGGCUGUGCUCCGUCCUUCGGCGAGCCCUCCGCCACCUCGCCCGCCUGUGUGAGCGCCAGCAGCAACGGUUCGCAAUCACAUGGAGCAUCCAUCACAACACUGACCGCGUCCAGUGUGUCAACUCCUCAAGACAGCAUCAGCACCGCAUCCAACCGAAGCACUAAGGCGCCCGCGGGCACCGGUGAGACGGAGGCAGCAGAGCCGCCGAGGAGGCGCAUCGCGGCGCCGAGGAGAACCGCCUCGGCGCGGAUCAAGAGUUUGAACGGUGCAGCCGUGACGACGAGGAGGAGCAGCAGCAACAACACGGCGGCCGAGGAGAGCGUCAGCUCCGCGGACAGCAGCGCGACCACCCCCAACUCCACCCGACCGGCACCGUCCUCCAUUAACGCCUCGACUUUCACUGUGUCGAACGCCAGCCUGCCCGUGGGUCAGUCUGCCAUCGCUCUGGACCGGGGGACCCCCACCAUCGCUCUGCAGAGACUCCCCAGCCACAUAGUGGCCAGCAUUGCCCAGAACGGCAACGGCACCAGUGUUUCGGCCCUGGUGCAGCAAAGUACUCGACCAGGAGGAGCUGUCAAUCCUGCAACUUCCCAGGAAGAUCCUGGUAAAACGGACCCCGGAGCUUCCACAGCAGACAAGCCCUGCGUUGACAUGCCAGGCCACUCUGGAACAAACACUGUAGCCUCUGCUCCGUCUGCUGUCACACCAGCAACAAGCACAACAGCAGCUGCAACUACUACUACUACCACCCAGCCUCUGAGCACUACUACUACUACUACUACUACUACUACUCCAGCUGCAGCCUGUGCAGCAGCAAUGACAGCUACCCCUGCAUGUGGGACAGUCCAGACCACAUCAGUGACGGCCACGAUCAGUAUGGUCAGGCCUACAGCCUCCUCUCCCAGUCCCGCCGUGGCCACAUCUGCACAGACUCAACCCCGUCCUGGACUUGCAACGCCUCAAAGGAUUGUGGCUCCACAGCUGAUUGUCAGACCCCCCCAGCAGCAGACAACCAUUCAGCUGCCCCCUGGAUUUACCAUCCCACCAGGGAUGGUGCUGGUCCGUACAGAGUUGGGACAGUUGGUGAUGGUUCCCCAGCAGGCUUUGGCUCAAGCUCAAGCUCAAGCUCAGGCCCAAAACAGCAUCUCUCCCCGACCUGCCACCCCUACUACAGCGACAACCUUUAGAGUUUCCACUCCACAGCCGUCUCCUGUGACCCCUCAGACUGCCAGGCAGUGCCCUCUGACCUCGGCCAGCAUGGCACCCUCUCCCUCUCCCACUCCUUCCAGCCCUGCCCUGCAGACCUCCUCCUUGUCUUCUUCCUCUGCUUCCUCCUGCCCUGCAAUACGCCCUAAGGGCCCCGUGGCACCCACCAUGGCAGUGACGGCUCCACAGCAGGCCCCUGUGGUCAUGGCCCCCCAGGCCCCAUCUCAGCCUGCCUCUCAGCCAGUGCAGCCUGCACAGGCGGGCAUCGCUGCUGCUCCUGGAGGUCCUGUCGUGUCCCAGGAAAUGCAAGAGAAUGUGAAGAAAUGUAAGAACUUCUUGGCUACUCUGAUCAAACUUGCAUCCCACAACUCUCCCUCCCCGGAGACUUCCAAGAACGUGAAGGCUCUGGUCCAAGACCUGUUGGAUGCCAAAAUUGAACCUGAAGAGUUCACCAGCCGCCUUCAGACUGAGCUGAAGUCCUCUCCACAGCCUUACCUGGUGCCUUUUCUCAAGAAGAGCCUCCCGGCCCUGAGGCUGUCUCUGCUGAAUAGUCAGCAGUCCCUGACCCAGCCCCCGCAGCAGGGAGUCAAACCAGCACCCGGCAGCACCCCGCCUGCCAUCGUGGCCGGGCCAGCUGUGCGCAUAAGCCACCCCAACAGUGUCAGCACCACUCCAGGCGCCACCGCACUGCCUGCUGGGACGCUCGGACAUGCAGCCGUGAUGGGUGUGAAAAGCGUUGGUGCCGUCAGUGGGCAGGUCCGCAUGCCCGUGGUGCUCACACAGUCCAUCAGACCACAAGGCGCAAUGGGAAAAGGAGCCAUCAUCCAAACAGGCAGAAGUCCCAUGGGCCUGCCUGCUCAGAUCUGUGGAAAUCAGAAAAACAAGCUCAACGACCCAGGGGGAGGCUCCUUCAGAGAUGAUGAUGACAUCAACGACGUGGCUUCCAUGGCCGGGGUAAAUCUGAACGAAGAGAGUGCGCGAAUACUGGCGACCAACUCGGAGCUGGUGGGAACUCAGAUCCGCUCCUGUAAAGACGAGGCUUUCCUCCAUCCAGGCCUGCUGCACCGACGAAUCCUGGAAACUGCUAAGAAGUUUGGAGUGACAGACGUUCCCGUGGAGGCGGUGACGUUCAUCUCGCACGCCACGCAGUCACGACUACGGACUAUGGUGGAAAAAAUUUCCAUCAUUGCGCAGCACAGACUGGAUUCCUGUAAGGACGACGAGUACUACGAGCAGUCUACAGACGUUCGCUCGCAGCUUCGCUUCUUCGAGCAGCUGGAGAGAAUCGAGAAGCAGAGGAAGGACGAACAGGAGAGAGAGAUCCUUUUGAAGGCUGCUAAAAGUCGAUCCAGGCAAGAAGACCCAGAGCAAGCUCGGCUGAAACAGAAAGCUAAGGAGAUGCAACAGCAGGAACUGGCCCAGAUGAGGCAGCGAGAUGCCAACCUCACAGCGCUAGCCGCCAUCGGACCUCGAAAGAAGCGCAAAGUGGACUCUCCGAGGGCACAACCAUCAGGGACAGAGGUUUCCGGAGGCUCUGCAGGCUCUCCAGCCAGCUCCUCCACUCUGUCCUCGUCAUCCCGCCAGUACACGAGGCAGCGCAUCACUCGGGUCAACCUCAGGGACUUAGUAUUCUACCUGGAACAAGAGAGAGAAUCCACCCGCUCCCUCCUCCUCUACCGAGCCCUCCUCAAGUAGCUGCUGCUCCAGCUGCCACCUCAGUCUUCUCCUUCUUCUUCCCAGCCACGUGCCUUCAGAUCAGGUCUAACGUUUCAGCUCCGAGUGGACCGUCAGGACGUUUGAUGUAGCUCUUUGAAACAACAAAAGAGAAAAAUGGGGGGAAAAAAUAAAAAAAAUCAAGCGGAUGUUCCCUGUGUUCUCCAUUUAGAAUCAGGAUGUUUAGUUAGGUCAUUUCAUGUAAAGACAACACAUUUCUGUGUUGAAAGAGAACGGAUGCACUUGAUCCACAUCUGGUUUUAAAGAGUCCGGCCAACAGGGGCUUAGACCGUUGACUGUACAUGAGAACUGGACUGAGUUAGUUUGACGUCACCCAUAGAUAAUGGUUUACUUCCUAAAGGAAAUUAAUUCAUUCGACACAUUUUGUGAGAUUCAAACUGCCAUGUUGGAACCAGAAAUUGUCAGUAAGCUGUCCAAACGAGUUCCACAUUUCUAUGGCAACCACUCUCACCAAUCAGAAGUGAGCUCAUUGGAAGUCCACUCCCCUACCACUUGAAAGCAGGCCAGGGAGAAUCUGUCAAAUGUUUCAACAUUGGAUGUGAGGGCCGGAAGGCACCACAUAUUUUUGUUGAGCCAUCUGAUUGGCCAGUUUAUAACUUGAAUAACUCACAAUACAGAAAAAAAAACAUAAUGAAAAAAAAAAAUUAGGAUUAGCCAGGACAUGUUAAGAAAAAAAAGGCAGCAGAGCAAGAAUGGCUAUUUUGACAAAUUAUUUUCUCUACAGAAGUCUAUGUAAUUUUAGCUUCUUGAAGCCAGCAGGUACUACCUGUUUGGAAUGCGAGGUGGGAGGGGUCACUCAGUCCAGUUUCCACAUACAAUCAAUGGCUAAGACUGGUGUAUUCACACCUUCAGUGUCUCCAUGAGUUUUAUGUUGAACUUCAUUCAAUGAAUGUAGUCUAGCAGAACUGAAUCUCAUUUUCAAUCAGUCCCACUUCAAGUGAUGGCAUCACCAUAGGUUUCCUCACUGUAUGUGUAAAUAUUUCUUUUGAAAUGAUUUUACAGCAUGUAUAUUUUUUAUCACGUGUAAGCUUUGUAAGAAAACGAGUAAUCCAUGUGUCAAUGUUAUGAAACCUGAAGUUUUGUGAUUUCAAAGGGUCAUAUUUAGACAGCCUAUGAUGUAGAAGAGUAUUGAUAAAAUGCACAUUCCUUCAAUUCCCCCACCCCCCAAAGCAAAGGUCAACGCCCCUCCUUUGACGGGUUAUUAUUGAGCGAGUCAGUAUUUUAUAUUUAUCACAUAUAAUGUGAACAUCAGUCAUUUCUGUCCUGCAGUUUCCCGCUCAAAUGCUGUUUAAGAAACUGUGUUUUAGUGAUAGUUGAUCAGAAAAUGGUGAGUCUGGAUCGUUCACUUUAUUUGUCCUGUGUGUAUCACUGAUGUUUUAAAAAAGUAAAAAAAAACAUUUUAUCCCCACACUCACAGGAGUGAAUAAAAAAAAGUCAUCCAUGAAGUAUUUUGGUGCAGAGCACUUGUUUUUGUAUUUUCAAACAACCAUGAGACGACUCGGCUGAAAAGUUUCAUAGGGCAAGAAAGCAGUGCUACGAUUCCAGCCUCUUAUUUUCUUGUAUUACUGAUUUAAAGAAUAAGAAAUAUUGAUUUUUUUUUUUAUCACGUGUCUUUAGAGUCUGGUCUUUUUUUUAACUGUUUAGUGUUGAUCUUGUUUUUUCCUUUUGCUUUUUUUUUGGGCUUAUUUAACACAAUUCCUUGGCCUCUAUGCAUCUUUUCUUGACUUAAGGAAAUUUUUUUUAAAAAUAUGUGACAUUUUAAAAACUGUUGCGCGUUGUAAAUGUAGACGACACGGUUUUUUACAUCCCUUUUACCUGACAACUGAACGCUGUCACUGUAUUAUAGCAAAACCUAUUUUAACAUUUAAACAGUACUGCGAUUUAUUGUCAAAAAACACCCGUUUCCUUUUUUUGUUGAGAUUGGCUUUUUAUGUGUAAAAUUUGAUUGCAUUUAGAUUUCACUUUAAAAAUAGGUUUCAAAAGCAAGCACAACAAUGUCUAUUAGGGCAAUUCCAUUUAUUUAUGAUUUCUAUGGCUUCAGGUGGCUUCAACAGACAUUUCUACUUCUACCACUACAGCUUUUUAGCCAAAAUAAUAGAACAUUAUGAGAAAAACAACAUUUCAACGUGAAGACGAUUUGUAAAUAUUGUUUAUGAAGCUAUGUGUUUAUUAGAACCAGGUUAUUUUUGGUAAACUCUUGUACAUAUCUUGAAAAAUUUCUUGUUUGUGUGAAAAGAAAAACAAUUAAACCUACGUAUUUGUACCUAUUUUGUAAAUGAAUAAAUAAGCUGUUUACUAAACUUA